AUGUCCACCAACGCCAAUUUUCCCAAACAAAGGAAACUUAAAUUCUUCUACGAUGGUUUGGAUAGGGAUGUCGAGUUGGUACUCUUACUCGCCCGCCCCAUGGACAAGUACGCAUUCUGCUGGAAGGUCAUAAAAUGCCAAGCUGGUGUAAAACAUUCUGAACUUGUCACCUACUGCGACACUUUGCUUACAUGUACCGCAUGGCUGCAGGAGGAUACUGGACGUGUCAUCCCUGGAUCGCCCGUUGUUCCUUGUCAGGCUGGCCAGAAAUGCACAAUGAAAAUGGAUGAAGAGGGCAACAAUUAUCUUACCCCUACCGUGGACUAUGAGGCACCUACAUCUAUUACAUGCUACUUUGAUACAACCGACCGGGCGGAUAUCAUAUUUGGGCUCCUGGAAGGAAGCGAUAAGACAACAAUGUGUCCAGUUACAAAGUUUCGAGAUAUUAAACCCGGAACGACCCUUAUGCUGGAAUUCACCCCAAUGCUAAGUGUCUAUGCUGUCGACGGAUACCAUGCUCAAGAUAUCUUCAAGUCGGCAUCGGAGUCCCAACCAUUACUUUGCCAAAAUCUCAAUGAUCUCCGGCGUUAUACGAAGUGGGAGGUUCUUACAGAUAAGGAUAGUGGUUGUGUCAAAAUCGUGCUUCAAGAUGACUAG